ACCUCUUAAGCUUCGAGGUCCAGCGCUCCACUCGAGAUUUUGGAGGAGGCGUCAGUCUUCUGAAAUGCAACCCCACCUUCGGAUAACACCGCCAGUCUGAUAUUUCGAGACAGUCCCGUCACGUUCUGACAACAGCUCUCCGUGUCGUCCAGAGUUGCCUAAAAGCAUUCCGAAAACGUGGACAGCAAGGUCCUAUCUACUUUUAUACAACAACACCAGCUGUGACAGCUCUUAUCGAAUACGGCGUAACCCCCCCAAUUCCCCGGGAAUCAUUAUUCCGAGCUCCAGCCGUCCACCAUGGACGCCCAUCUCGUCCGGGUCCUUGUCGACACGCAAAAGCCCCAAGAAGCGCCUCGAAAACAGGCCGAGCUCGAACUCCAACAUGCCCAAAGGAACCCCGACUUUCCUCUAGCACUCACACGCAUCGGCCUAUCACAGCAGCUCGCGGUCGGAAUCCGACAGGCAUCCCUGAGUGCCCUCCGCAGAUUUGUUGAGAAGAACUGGCAACCCGAGGGCAAUGAUCCGGACCAUGUGCCCAUUUCCGACGAGACCAAAGAGUAUUUGAAGACUACUAUUCUCAACCUCGCCAUAGCUCCCGAGGAUGAGCAGGAUGAGCGCAAGGUCAAGGUCUCGGCCAGUCUUCUUAUUUCGAAGAUCGCCGUCGCCGACUUCCCACACAACUGGCCCAACCUCCUGCCCACCGUACUGGGUAUUAUGCCCACUGGCAACGAUGCUCAGCUCCAUGGCGCUCUUCGAAUUUUGCAGGACCUUGUAGAGGAGGCCAUCACCGAUGAGCAAUUCUUUAGCUUGGCCCGCGACAUUAUUACGGCAUGCUACGAGGUGGCCUUGAACGUAAACCGCAAGUCUCAGCAUCGUGCGCUGGCUGUCGCUGUCUUGCGCGCCUGCUUCGACCUGAUGGAAGUUGUGAAGGAUGGCCACAAGAAGGAGGUUAAAGCCUUCGCCGAUGAAGUCUUGUCUGGGUGGCUUCCAUUCAUGGAGCAGGUCGUCUCCAGCCCGCUUCCAGAAGUUGCCAAUGCGGAUAACCAACCGGAGGAGUGGUACGGCCCAGUUGCGCUCAAGAUCCAGGUCCUCAAGACUCUGAUCAAGAUCAAGACCGUAUUUGGUUCUCUUCUCUUGCCUCAGAGCCCCAAGUUCUUCACGGUAACAUGGCAGGAGCUUAAGCGGUUGGGACCUGUGUAUGAAGCACUCUACGUUACUAGCGAUUCGCAGAGCCGCUUGGAAGACACAGAUGGCCUUCCGUAUUCGGUCGACGUCCUGGUGUUGGAUGAGCUGGACUUCCUUAACCAGUGCAUGCGGGCAAGCCCUGUGGCAAAGUCGCUGGAGGCUGAGAUUGCCAGUCACGGAUCGGUACACAACACGCCUUGGGUUCUGGAACUCAUGGAGAUCCUCGUCAGGUACGGGCAGGUCAGCCAAGAGGAGGAGGGCCUCUGGGAGCUUGAUGUUUCUCUCUACCUUGCCGAGGAGACGUCCGUGUCGUCAAACUACACGGCCAGAACCGCCUGCGGUGACCUGCUCAUCAAGAUGGGUGAGUGGAUGGGCGAAAACGCCUUCGUUGGGCUGUAUGCAUUUACCAAGACACUUUUCGUGGGAGAGCACCCAAGCUGGCAGAAGCAGGAGGCGGCUCUUUUCCUGUUCAUAUCCCUCUUCAACGAUUUUUAUGACUGCGAAAAGAACAUCCCACUGGACAUGUCCCACGCCUGGCUGGAGCUUGUCAACUACGCCAUUGGCAGGCAGGACCUGCCCAUGUUGCGCGCUAGAGGCUAUCUGGUUGCUGGUGCCUUGGCCAGGACAUUUGAGCCAGCUCUUGGUUUGCUGGACGCCGUCAUCACCGCUAUGAACCAGGACGAGUCUGAGCUUGUGCAGGUAGCUUGCGUCAAGGCAGUCGAAGGCUUCAUUAUCGGUGGCGCUCCCAUUGAAGCGCAAGUGCCCAUUAUCGUCGCUAUCCAGCAAUUCCUCGAAUCCAAGGAUAUGAGCGAUCUUGACGAUGCCGAGGAUCUUCUUGUCACUCUCCUCGACACGCUUAGGUCAGCGUUCAAGAUGGACUACCGUAUUGUCCUCUCGCCCGAGAGCAAGGCGCUCGACUUGGUGUUCUUGGUCGUGAAGCAUGGUGCUGCCAACCUUCAAGUCGAUGGCCUCGUCAACGAUAUUUUCUACGAGCUUGCCGAGAGGAUUCAACAGAUUGAAGACCCAGCUCUCUAUACCGCCCUCUGCAGCAAGGCUCUGCCCUCUAUCACUAGCACCUUUGACGUUGCCAAUCUCACUCAGGAUGAGCCGCUGGUUACGAUUGCGGCCGAGAUUCUCGCCGUUCUCCUCAACUUUGGUGUUGAGCCGCUGCCCGCCGGCUUGGUUGCCACGGUUCUUCCCAAGGUCAAUCGGUUGCUUAUGUCUUCUGACGAAGCUGAGGUUCUUAGGCCCGCUGCCGAAGCUGUCAAAUACAUGCUCCAACACGACCAUCAGCAGAUGUUUAACUACCAAGACGAAAACGGCCGUUCUGGGUUGGAGGUCUGUCUCCACAUUAUCGACCGUCUCCUUGGUCAGAACUUGGAGGAUAAUGCCGCCGCUGAAGUUGGUGGUGUUGCUGCCGAACUCGUCGAAAAGGCUGGCCAAGAGAGGCUUGGUCCCUUUUUGCAACAGCUUUUGCAGGCUGUUGCGCAGCGUCUCGACAGCGCUCAGAAUGUUGGUCUGAUACAGUCUCUGAUCCUGGUCUUUGCUCGCCUUUCCGAGGUGGGCGCUCACGAUGUUGUGGAGUUCUUGAGCAGCAUCAACAUAAACGGGCAGAAUGGCCUGCAGGUUGUGCUGACCAAGUGGUUGGAGAACUCGGUCAACUUUGUGGGGUAUGAGGAGACUGCGAGAAACAUCAUCGCCCUCUCCAAGGUCUACGCCCUCAACGACCCCCGCGUCGCGCAGGUUCAGGUCAGGGGCCAACUCAUCAUUCCCGAGGGGAACCGCAUUAGGACACGAUCCCAGACCAAGUUGCAGCCUGAUCAAUACACCAUCAUCCCUGCCCCACUCAAGAUCCUCAAGCUCCUCGUCGACGACCUCGUCACCGCGUCAGGAGCCCAGCCAGCCUCCAAGGUAGCAGCUGCGGCAGCGUCCCAGUUUGCAGACCUCGACUCAGACGACGGGUCCGAGGGCUGGGAGGAUGAGACCAACGACUUGGUCAACCUCGGCGCUGCCGUCUCUGCGGGCAACUUUGACUUUGGCGACAAGGUACGCAACGACGAGACGGGUGAGUACCUGAGGGUUUUCUUUGUCAAGGCGGCGCAGGAAAACACGGCGAACUUUCAGCACUGGUUUGAACUUCUUAGUGAUGAGGAGAAGGGGAAACUGAGGGAGCUGGCUCAGUAGGACUUGGCCAGGACGUACAAAGGGAAGGUGCUGCCCUGGAACUCGGAGGCUGACUUGCCCGUGGGGCAUUUCAGGCUUAUGGACUACUAUCAAGAGGUGCAGGAGGGGAGAUUUGGGGAUAUUUUUAGAGGGAUGAUGAGAUGGGAAAAGGAUAAGAAAAUGAGAAGACUGGUUGGGGUCGCGUGAGUGAAAGUGGGAGGGUUGGAUGGGUUUAUUAUGGG